AUGACGACAGUGGAUCUUUUGAACACUUUGGAGGAUUUAAAAGAAGAGGAAUUCAUGAAAUUCAAAUGGCAUCUGCAUCAAGAUGUCCUGGAAGGCUUCCAACCCAUCAAAGUGUCCAAGUUGGAGAACGCAGAAAGGCAGGACACGGUGGAUGUGAUGGUGAGCACCCAUCAGCUAGAGGGAGCUCUGACGGUGGCCAAGAAGGUUUUAGAGAUGAUGAACAGGAAUGAUCUGGUCCAGAGUCUGCCAGACACCGGCUCAGGACCACAAGUGUGUGUAGAUCUGGCUGCUGCCAGCAAUGUGCCUGAAGAAGAACCUUCAGCUCAACAGAAAGCCAGCAGCAGCAGCUCAGAGCAACAAGUGUCCAAACCAGGAGAAGUUCCCUGUGACGUCUGCACUGGAACCAAACUGAAGGCCCUGAAGUCCUGCCUGGUGUGUCUGGCCUCCUACUGUGAGACUCACCUGGAGCCUCAUCUGACCACGUCAGGUCUGAAAAGUCAUCAGCUGAUCGACCCUGGGGAGAACCUGGAAGGCAGGAUGUGUACGAAGCAUGAUAAACCUCUGGAGCUGUUCUGUAAGACCGACCAGACAUGUGUCUGCAUGCUCUGCACUGUUUUAGACCACAAGACGCAUGAUGUUGUUCCUCUGAAAGAAGAAUAUAAAGGAAAGAAGGCAGAGCUGGGGAAGACGGAGGCUGAAAUCCAGCAGAUGAUCCAGAAGAGACGACUGAAGGUUCAGGAGAUCAAACACUCAGUGGAGCUCAGUGAGGAAGCUGCAGACAGAGAGCUAGCAGAAGGUGUUCAGGUCUUCACUUCUCUGAAGGAGUCUGUUGAGAGAGGACUGAAUGAGCUCAUCAACACCAUCAAAGAGAAGCAGAAAACUACAGAAAAACAGGCCGAAGCUUUCAUCACAGAGCUGGAACAGGAAAUCUCUGAGCUGAUGAAGAGAAGCACUGAGGUGGAGCAGCUCUCACGCUCUGAAGACCACCUCCAUCUUCUCCAGAGGGUCCAGUCCCUAAACACCAACCACCCUCCACCCACCAAGGACUGGACAGAGGUCAGCGUCCGCCCAUCAUCAUAUGAGGGAACCACCUGGGAAUAUCAGGGAUGGCCCCCAUGA